GUUAGUAAUUCCUGUUCAAAAAGUAGGUACGUACUCGGAUGGCUCUCUGCUCUGAAGGCUGUAGGGCAGCUCCCGACUAGGCCUUGCUGCCUUUACGUCAACCAUGAUCUGGCUCUGUUGGCACAACCACUGGAAUUCAGAGAGAUAGAAUUCGCUAUUAAAAUAAGUUGAAACACGUGGCCAUGAUGAAGAGUACAACGUAAUGAUGCCCAAUUAUUAUCUGACGAGGCUCGGCUACUUUGAGCAUGUGCUCGUUUAUUCACUAGGUAGGUAGCUCAUAAUAUGGAACUACUAGUAGAUUUAGAAUUUGAGCUCCCUUAUGUCCUUUAUAACCACUAAACAAAACCCGUUUAAAAAAAAAAAAAAGUAUUCCUUCCUGUGUACUCGGCCCUAAUGGGCCAUGACUGAAUCGAUCAUGAUGCAGUUAUUUAGUAUCAUAGAAGUAAACAUAAAGUACCUUGUCGAACUUUUUCUUUGAAAGCUAUUGCAGUGAUAAUGCAGUCAUGGAUGCUCUCACAACUCGCGCUCAGCGGUUGGCUCAGCUAGAGGGUAGCAAGGCCUGUUACAAAGCAUCACAGCAGAAUUGCGAGAUCUUAACGCUUGAGGAUCUUUUCCACUAUAAGGCUCGUUUACCGGCGUCCUCGAUGUUUAUCAAUGCGGAUAUAGACGUCUUUUAAAAGCCUAUUAAUGGGAAUACAGAUGUGUUUAGAAAUUUUCAAGUCUGUACGGAUUACAUGCACGUGGUGAAAUUUAUUCUACAGUCAAAAUGAAACGGCAGAAGGUACAUGAAUGAAUACCUCAGGGAAUGCGAGGAAGUUGAUACUUUAGCUUUUUUUUUUUUUUUUUUUUUUUCAGAAGAAGAAGAAGAAAAACUUAGAGUGCACUUUUGGAAAAGGCCAAUAAAGAGUGUACAAUUUCUAAUUCAAAAUCUUGAUGCCCACUCAAAGCAUUCAUAGUGGUGAGCAAAGCUGCUACCCCGAUCGAGGUCACCUUAUUGCAACGAAGCCAGGAAACCAAGCCGUACAGCUACUAGUACUUAUUGGCUGUUAAUGUAUGUCUAUUAUCCCUCAAAUUAUUAGGGCAGAAUGAAGCAGUCAAGUGUUACCAUGCGACUCGCGAAAGAAAGAUUAAGAGAGAAAAAAAUGUACAGGGGGCUGCUGAUUGGUAUGCAGGCACUUUGUUUAUUUAAAUGAAAGGAUCCAAACGACAAGGUCCUAAAACGGGUGGUCCCCCUGUUUCUUGUCUGUUUCCGGGUAUGGGAUCAAGAGAUGAAAAAAAAAAAAG